UGCGCUUGGCUGUAGCAGCGUUACUCUGAUCUGGCCGACCUGCUAACCGGGUCAAGCUGAUGCGUGGUGCUUGAUAGCAAUUGUUCGGGUUUGAGCCGGCGCCGGUUCUAUUCCCUCUCUACGGACUGAAACAGAACUAAGCAGGUGAAGCUGAUUCCUUCUCUUCUCCCGACUUCUAUAUAUCCCUCUUUUAUUUUGUCUCAUCCCGUUUUUCUGCCCUUUCCCCUCUCCUCCUCUUGACCUUUCUUCUACCUGCGAGUUCCGCCGCUUCCAAACUUCCCAGGAUCUGCAGGUGCGCCGACUUAAAAGACUGCUGAGCAGUUCCAGACGGGUCCGAUUUUACCGGAGACAGAACAAACCGUUAUCGCUUGUCAAACCACUGGAGUCCAAACAAAUCUCCCAGACCAAUUGACAUCAGUGCUGGAGCAGAAUGAAAGUAUGGCAAUUCUUCAACCGUGCCCUGCACCGGCUGCAGAAAGGACCAGGCUACACUUACACGGAACUCCUGGUCUGGUACUGUGAGAACACCAACACGCACGGACCGAAACGAAUUGUGACUGAGGGGCCCAAGAAGCGGGCUGUGUGGUUUAUGCUCACUCUGGCCUUCACAGGGCUCGUCUGCUGGCAGUGGGGGAUCCUGAUCCGGAGCUACCUUGCCUGGGAGGUGAAAGUGAAUCUGCGGACAGGCUUCAAGGCAAUGGAUUUCCCUGCUGUCACAGUCUGCAACUCCAACCCUUUCAGGUACACAAGGUCCAAGCAGCUGUUGAAGCAUCUAGAUCAAUUUACCAAACUUGCGCUGGAGCGGAUUUAUGUUUACAGCCAGAACGGGAUAAUUCCCAGUGAGCUGCCAUUAUCAGAGACAAACUGGAGCCAGGUGGCAUCACUGGUCAUCAUUGAGAAGAAUGAGCAAGGAGAGGAGACUGUUCUGCAGGUCCUGGGGUUGGGGCAAAAUCAGACCCAGUCAGCACCUAGAGACAGGACAUGGACAGGGAGCUACAAGGUGACGAUGGAACUGUGCAAUGAGAACAGGUCGAACUGUACAUACAGAAACUUCAGCUCAGUGAUGGAGGUGAUGAGUGAGUGGUACUAUCUGCACUACAUGACCAUCCUGUCAAACGCAUCCCAAUCAGAACGGCAAGCGAUGGCUGAGCAGGGUGAAGAUUUCAUUCUUGCUUGUCUUUUUGGCGGGCAGCCUUGUAACCUUGAUAACUUCACCCAGUUGAUGCAUCCGAUGUAUGGGAACUGUUACAUCUUCAACUGGGGAUCCAAUGGGCAGAUCCUGAUGUCAUCCAAUCCUGGAGCAGAGUUCGGGCUGAAGCUGGUGUUGGAUAUCUCACAGGAUGAUUACAACCCCUUCCUCUCAUUUGCAGCUGGUGCCAAGCUCAUGCUUCACCAGCCCAACACCUACCCGUUCCUCCAGGACUUGGGUCUCUAUGCCAGGGCUGGGGCAGAAACGUCCAUUGGAAUAUUUGUGGAUGAAAUAGUGCGUUUGGGUGGUCUGUACUCUCGCUGCACGUUUGAUGGUUCUGAUGUCAAUGUCAAAUCUCUUUACAAAACUACCUACACCAUGCAGACCUGCCUGCGUUCCUGUUUCCAGGAUCAGAUGGUGCAGAACUGUGGAUGUGGGCAUCAAACUUACCCUCUGCCUGAGGGAGCACACUACUGUAACCAGCAGGAUAAUCCGAGUUGGGGUUACUGCUAUUACACCCUGAGAGAGCAGAUUGAAGUGGAGAAUUCCAGAUGCCUGGAGAUAUGCAAGCAACCCUGCAAUGAGACCCAAUAUAGACUGACCAUCUCUAUGGCAGAUUGGCCAUCGGAAUCCUCAGAGGACUGGAUUUAUUCUGUUUUAUCUUAUGAGAGGGAUUACUCAACUACGAUUACUGUAAACAGAUCAAGUGUCCUGAAACUAAACCUGUAUUUCCAAGAGAUUAAUUUCAGGACAAUACAAGAGGACCCAGCCUUAACAAUUGACUGGCUUCCCUCCCAGCUGGGCGGACAGUUUGGGUUCUGGAUGGGCGGAUCCAUCCUGUGCAUCAUUGAACUGAUGGAGAUCAUGAUUGACUGCCUGUGGAUCACUGUCAUCAAGGUGGUGAAGUGGUUCAUGGAGCGCAGGUCCCGUCGAGCUCAACCACACUGCUCGCACUCUCCACCAAGCGUCUGUCAGUCAGUGGAGGAGCAUGUAAACACUGGAUUCCAGCUGGAGCCGGAAGGAGGCCACUUGGAAAGGCCGUGUGCCUUGGAAGUCCCGGGUACACCUCCUCCUCAGUACGACUCACUCCGGAUCUAUCCAACCAGCAAAGCCACCAACACUUGGGACUGAAACUAUAGUUAAAGAAUUCUGUUUGAGCUUUAUUUCAUGGACAUUAAUAGUGGAUCUUCCAACAUCCUCAGAGGGUAUAAAAAAGAAAACAACUUGCUUGAAUCUGGAUGGCACAAUACAGCUAUCUCACUAAAUAGUCACAUAGCUGGACCAGGAAAGAAAAUAAUUAGUAUAUUUCAGAAUCUCAGGCUGACUCAACUCACUUCAGAUUGAAACAUUUAAUUAUCUAAAGCAGAAAGCACAGCAGACAAUUUGCCCACAGUACCUUCUCAUAAACAGCACACCACCACCCAAGCAGGUACGAUGUUACAACGGUUUUUUUUUAGGAGAUAGUGCUCUGGAACCUAAUAAAUCCCACCACCCUCAUCGCAUCAUCAGCCUGUGGGAUGGACAUCAAAUUCUCAAAUUUGCAGUAUCCAAUCCUCCUUUGUACCUUCCUGACCCACUUAGAAACAUAGAAAACCUACAGCACAAUACAGGCCCUGCAGCCCACAAAGCUGUGUUGAACAUGUACUUACUUUAGAAAUUACCUUGGGUUACCCAUAGCCUUCUAUUUUUCUGAGCCCCAUGUACCUAUCCAGGAGUCUCUUAAAACACCCUAUCAUAUUCGCCUCCACCACCAUCACCGGCAGCCCAUUCCACGCACUUACCACUCUGCGUAAAAUAAACUUAUCCCUGACAUCUCCUCUGUACCUACUUCCAAGCACCUUAAAACUAUGUCCUCUCGUGCUAGCCAUUUCAGCCCUGGGAAAAAGCCUCUAACUAUCCACAAAAUCAAUGCCUCUCAUCAUGUUAUACACCUCUAUCAGGUCACCUCUCAUCCACUGUCGCUCCAAGGAGAAAAGGCUGAGUUCACUCAGCCUAUUCUCAAAAGGCAUGCCCCCAAUCCAGGCAACAUCCUUGUAAAUCUCCUCUGCACCCUUUCUAUGGUUUCCACAUCCUUCCUGUAGUGAGGCAACCAGAACUGAGCACAGUACUCCAAGUGGGGUCUGACCAGGGUCCUAUAUAGCUGCAACAUUACCUCUCAGCUCCUAAAUUCAAUCCCACGAUUGAUGAAGGCCAAUGCACCAUAUGCCUUCUUAACCACAGAGUCAACCUGUGCAGCAGCUUUGAGUGUCCUACAGACUCGGUCCCCAAGAUCCUUCUGAUCCUCUACACUGCCAAGAGUCUUACCAUUAAUACUACAUUCUGCCAUCAUACUUGACCUACCAAAAUGAACCACAUCACAUCUAUCUGGGUUGAACGCCAUCUGCCACUUCUCAGCCCAGUUUUGCAUCCUAUCAAUAUCCUGCUGUAACCUCUGACAGCCCUCCUCACCAUCCACAAUACCUCCAACCUUUGUGUCAUCAGCAAAUUUACUAAUCCAUCCCUCCACCUCCUCAUCCAGGUCAUUUAUAAAGAUCACAAAGAGAAGGGGUCCCAGAACAGAUCCCUAAGGCACACCACUGGUGACUGACCUCCAUGCAGAAUAUGACCCAUCUACAACCACUCUUUGCCUUCUGUAGGCAAGCCAGUUCUGGAUCCACAAAGCAAUGUCCCCUUGGAUCCCAUGUCUCCUUACUUUCUCAAUAAGCCUGCAUGGGGUACCUUAUCAAAUGCCUUGUUGAAAUCCAUAUAAACUACAUCUACUGCUCUUCCUUCAUCAAUGUGUUUAGUCACAUCCUCAAAAAAUUCAAUCAGGCUCGUAAGGCACAACCUGCCUUUGAAAAAGCUAUGCUGACUAUUCCUUAUCAUAUUAUGCCUCUCAGUAUCUUUUCCAUCAACUUACCAACCACUGAAGUAAGACUCACUGGUCUAUAAUUUCCUGGGCUAUCUCUCCCUUACUUGAAUAAUGGAACAACAUUCCCAACCCUCGAAUUCUCCGGAACCUCUCCCAUCCCCAUUGAUGAUUCAAAGAUCACUGUCAGAGGCUCAGCAAUCUCCUCCCUCGCCUUCCACAGUAAUCUGGGGCACAUCUUGUCUGGUCCUGGUGACUUAUCCAACUUGAUCCAAAAGCUCCAGCACAUCCUCUUUCUUAAUAUCUACAUGCUCAAGCUUUUCAGUCCAUUGUAAGUCAUCCCUACAAUAGCCAAGAUCCUUUUCCGUAGUGAAUACUAAAGCAAAGUACUCAUUAAGUACGUUUGCUAUCUCGUCCAGUUCCAUACACACUUUUCCACUGUCACACUUGACUGGUCCUAUUCUUUCACAUCUUAUCCUCUUGCUCCUCAUAUUUGUAGAAUGCCUUGGGGUUUUCUUUAACCCUGUCCGCCAAGGCCUUCUCAUGGCCCCUUCUGGAUCUCCUAAUUUCUUUCUUAAGCUCCUUCCUGCUAGCCUUAUAAUUUUAUAGAUCUCUAUCAUUACCUAGUUUUUUGAACCUUUCAUAAGCUCUUCUUUUCUUCUUGACUAGAUUUACAACAGCCUUUGAACACCAUGAUUCCUGUACCCGACCAUCCUUUUCCUGUUUCACUGGAACUUACCUAUGCAGAACUCCAUACAAAUAUCCUCUGAACUUUUGCACAUUUCUUCCGUACACUUCCCUGAGAACAUCUGUUCCCAAUAUGUGCUUCCAAGUUCUUGCGUGAUAGCCUCAUAUUCCCCCUUACUCCAAUUAAACUUGCCCUAUCACUCUGUCUUUAUUUCCCUCCCCCAUAUAUCCAUCUGCCCAUCACCAACACACUCCUCCCACUUGUUCCCCAUCCCAUCCCCAUUUUUACUCCAUCUUCUUUAACUCUUUGACACUUCUAACACUUUCCAGUUUCUGACAUAAUUCCCAGAGUCACCCCCUCAUCUCAUCUGGAUUCAUCCGUCACCUACCAGUUAUUACUCCACCUUUCCCCCUCUUUCUUUCCAAUCCAGAUGAAACGACUCAGCCCAAAAUGUUGAUUGCCCAUAUGCUUCCAGAGAUGCUGCCUCACCCACUAAGUUUGCCAGCAUUUCCUAUGUUGCUCACCGACACCAUCUUCUGCAGUGCAGGCCUUUCUCGGUACUACACUGAAUCUGGAGAUGACCUGUUACAAUAACCCUUCGCUCAAAGGCAGAUGUGCUGACAAUAUUGAAACUGCAGUACAGAAUCAGGUUUAAUCUCACUGGCAGAUGUUGUGAAUACAAGUUAGUCACAAGUACACUACAAAAUUAUGAUCAAUAAACUAAGCAAUAGGGCUAUUAAUUAAAAAUAAGGGGGUUUAAAUCAUUACUUGCUCUGGAAAAAUAAAAAUAUAUUUAUUUUUUUAAAUGUUUUCUUUGGAAGAUGGAAAUAAAUGUGUAUGUCAGGAA